CAGAGCUGGCAAAUGGCAAUCAGCUAAACCCCAAUAUUACAUGCAGGGCUCGCCAUUCGCCCCAGCAAUUCCUUUACUCGUUCUAUAUGAAUAGCGUGCUAUACGCAGCAAAGGAAUACGCCUUAAUUCAGUGGUCCAAUCUAAACCUACAUAAGACGGCAGGCGGUUCUUAUGCCUUUUAUGAAAAAGUAGCUAGGGAAGAAUACGGGAAGAGGUUGGAUCGUGCGCAGACUGUGAUAAAGGAUCUUAUAGUCACCGCGGAUCGCAAAGUUUGGCGCUGCGAUCCGGAGGAACACAAGCUGGGGGAAACCUACGAGAGGGUCACCCGCUUCCUGCAAGGAUAUAUAACUAAUGAGGUGGAUUUAAGCAAGGACGAGACUUGCAUGAACGAAUGUACCGACUACAAGUUCACUAGAGAUGAGGGUUACACCGAAAGUCCUUUCUCUCCCACGCACUCCAGAUGCUCUGGUAACGUCCAUGAUUGCCGCUAUGUAGAGUCCGAUAUGAGGGUGUGUGAGGCGGAUGAUAGCUCCGAUAGGCGGUACGAGUUCAUCCAGUACGAGAGCGGACUCGUGUACGGCCAAAAGGGCAUUUGCAGCAAUAGCUUUCACAAUGUAGAAAGCUGGCAUCGCUGGAUUUUCUGGAGAUGCAGCUACUGCCUGUGUUUGUGCGAUGAUACUAGCGAUCAGUCAGAUCGCUUCUUUAGCCUAAGACCUGUGCUAUCCGAUGUGCAGAGGAACAGAGUCGUGACGGGCCUGCAAUUUGUGAAGCGCAAUCGAAUUUUCCACCUGCAGAUACAGGAGGGUGUGCUCUUGCCACAUGGAAUCAUCAACCAUACCGAAUGGAAGCCCGUAGACGAGUUCAAAGUCUCCGGAAAGGGUGUGUGGAAGGACAUAGACUAUCACGAGCUGAGCUAUAAAAGUCGUUCCAUUGACCUGGAUGAGGUGAAAGUGGAAAACAAUUCUGUGGUUACCGGGCUGCGUUUCCAAGUGGUGGGAACCCAUCUUAACUUACAGGCCCGGUUCAGCGAGAUCGAUUUUGAGAGCGGCCAGCUAAGAGAGGAAAGCUUCUGGAAGUUAGGGGGUGGCGAUCAACCAAGGCAAAAAUUGCACCUGGAGAAUCCCAACGUGCCCACGCGAUCCAACUCUACAGUUCCACUUUCAAGCGAUAACCAGUACAUUGAUUUUACCAAUACCGGAUUUAAAGAUGAUGCUGCCCAGACGACAGUGCCCUUCAUCGAUAUCCAGGAAGUAACCUCGGACACACCGGUACCGCUCUCGGGAAUCGGUAUAUAUUACAAGGGUCUUCAUGGCUAUGGUGGCUUCCUGGCUCCCAAGCUCAUCACCUAUGACUACUCGCCCUACAUCCAAGUGCCCACAUGGGCUCCCUCUACGGUGCCUGACGAAAAGCCAUCAUCAUCGGAAAAUACAUCGUCAGAUAUCAAGAUAUCAUCAGAAGAAGAGACAUCAUCAGAUAAAAAUAUAUUAUCAGAUGAAAAGACACCCUCAGAUGAAGAGCCACAAAACUAUGAUGAUUACUAUAACGAAUAAAAACAAACGAAGUUUCUUCAACAAAACAGAAAAAAAGUUUCGCAGUGUAAAAUAAAUUUUCAAAAUAAGGAAUCACACAGAAAAUUUUGAUAAAAACACUUUUUUGUACGAACUAAUAACAUUAUAGCUGAAAAUUAUUUAAUUAAAAAUGUAA